AUGGACUUCGAAAAUGUAUCGAAUGAGAACUGGUCUCAGACGUCUCUCCCAUCAUACAACUCAUCUGAAAGUCCAGCAGAAAAUGAUGUGCCCUACCACAGCGUCCUAAUGCCCAGCAUUUUCGGUGUCAUCUGCUUCUUUGGGAUUAUUGGCAACUGCAUUGUCAUCUACACCAUUGUGAAGAAGACCAAGUUCCGAGCCCAGCAGACAGUGCCGGACAUCUUCAUCUUCAGCUUGUCUUUAGUGGACCUCCUCUUCCUUCUGGGCAUGCCCUUCCUCAUCCACCAGCUCCUGGGCAACGGUUCCUGGUGCUUUGGUGACAUCAUGUGCACGGUCAUAACCGCCCUGGACUCCAACAGCCAGAUAGUGAGCACCUACAUCCUCACCGUCAUGACUCUGGACCGCUACCUGGCCACGGUCCAUCCCAUCCGCUUCAACCAUGUGCGCACACCCUGCGUGGCGGGGGCUGCGGUGGGUCUGGUGUGGGUGCUCUCCCUGGUCUCCAUCACUCCCGUGUGGAUGUAUGCUGGCCUUAUGCCCCGAGGGGACGGCUCAGUGGGCUGUGCCCUCCUGCUGCCCAAUCCAGCCACUGACACCUACUGGUUUACCCUCUACCAGUUUGUGCUGGCCUUCGCCCUGCCUCUGGUCAUCAUCUGCGUGGUGUUCUUCAAGAUCCUCCAGAACAUGUCUGCCACAGUGGCCCCCUUGCCCCAACGCAGCUUGAGAGUACGUACACGUAAUGUGACCCGUAUGGCUGUGGCUAUAUGCCUGGCCUUCUUCAUCUGCUGGGCUCCGUACUACAUCCUGCAGCUGGCCCACCUGGGGGUUCAGAGGCCCAGCUUUGCCUUCCUCUAUGUCUACAACAUUGCCAUCAGCAUGGGUUACGCUAACAGCUGCGUCAACCCAUACCUCUACAUCGUGCUGAGUGAGACCUUUAAGAGGCAGUUCAUUGUGGCCAUCCGGCCGAACAAUCGUGUCUUCCGCAUUUAACCCAACCCCUCUGAA